AUGUACAGAACAUGGUCUCGAGAUGAUCGACUGCGUUUAGGGUAUCUAGCCAUCUACGCUGGCUUCAUCGAAGCACCAAGAACCUCGUCACCCACACGGGCUAGCCUGGCUAGGUUAGUGAUGGAUCUAGAUGCUUUUGAAGAUUAUCCAUGGGAAAGAGUAGCGUUUAAAUUCUUGAUGGAGUCGGUGAAGGGUGUAGACUUGACAAAGACGUAUGCUAUUGAAGGCUUUGUUGAGGUUCUUCAAGUCUGGGUCUACAAUUGUCUCCCUGAAUUCAGAGCUGGGUUUGGUCAACAUAUAGAAGGUUUUCUGAUCCCACCUCUACUUGCCUUCUUAGGUGGCAAAGGCAAGAGAAAGCUCCAGGAGAAUAUCCUGAAACAAACUAGGACUAACAACUUUACUGUGAAGGCUUACUCUGAAAUGUUCCCUCGCUGGGAUGGUGAUCUGGAAGAUGAGAAGGCUGAUAACAUAGUGAAGACAAUGUUUUCUUCAGGCAGGGCAUGGGAACAAAUUCAUUGGCCUCUUGUCGGAAGAAAACUGUGGACAAAUGUGAAGGUAGAGAUCCAUCCGAUGAAGACAGAAGCUGGUCAGAUGGUGCGAAGCAAGAAGGCAGUGUCCCCUUCUCGCACAGAGUCUGAGGCAGAAUCACGCAAGAAGGCUCGUGAUUCCCCUGGCUUGGAUACGGAGACCAUGAAAGCAGAAAUAGUUCGUUGGCUAACUGGCCUGACCUCUAAUAUGGUUGAAGGGAUGAGCAGAUGCGAGAACACUCUGAAGUCGCAAUCCCGCAUGAUUAAGGGCCUUACUGCGAAGAUGAGAGCUGUUGAGAAGAUUGUGCGUGAAGGUUGGAAGGAAGACCAAACCAAAGCUGGUUCAUCUACUGAUGUACCUGAGGCAAACAAAUCUGAUGGAGACAAAGCUAAGGAGGACAGAGCUGAAGAAAGCAAAGCUAAGGAAAGCAAAGCUGAGGAAAGCAAAGCUGCGGUAACAUCUCCCAAACCCAUCAGAAUGACAAGAGCCAAAGCUAAAGACGCCCAAGCCACUGUGAGUGAGAGUGAAAAUGAGAAUGGAGGCAUAAGUGUUGUUGUAAUGGAUAAAGAACAAUCGAACAUUGAUUAUUGUUCUGUUAAAAAGCUGAAACAAGUUGGAAAACUGAGAGCUGCUCGCAUUGUGGCCCGUGCUAAGAGUGAGAGGCAACGUAGGCUUGCUGCUACUCAUCACUCUCCUUUUGAUGGAAACAGCACGGCAAAGGUUAUCAUACCCAACCAGUCGAAGCGAGGCCAGGGAUAUAACCCAUUUGCUAGUGUUGAUCACCAAAAGCUCUUUGUUCUUCUUGAUUGGGUGAAACUUGACCUCAAAUGGCGACAGAAGGUGCCUGGUUCUUCAAGUUUUUGGUUCUACACACUACUAACUCCUACAAAAUGGUUGAGUGACACGCACAUGGAUGCUGGAAUUAAUCUCUUAAGACUCUGA